AGUAAAAUAAAGAAAAAAGCAAUUAAACGUCACUUUGGUGUAGACUCAUCAGCGUCGGUUCGAAUCAGUUGAACCAAUCUUGAAACUUACCAAUCGAACACAUUAUUAGAACGCCGCUUUGCUUCCAUAAUCACCGGUUCGAGUUUGUUCUCCGAUGACGAGACCGUCGAGAGACGCCAUUCAGUCUUACAUGAGCAUCACCGGCGCCGAUGAGUCACUCGCCAUUCAGAGUCUCGAGGAACAUGGCAAUAAUCUCACUGAGGCCAUCAAUGCUCACUUCAGGGAUGUGGAGAGAAGCAUUCUUGAUCCAAGCUCAGACACUCGUCCAGCAUACAAUGCUGUGGAAGAUAACAGUCAUCAUGUUCGUAGUGGUGGUGGUGGUAGCGAGUCUAGGCCAGUUCCAGGCGGACUUCCAUCUCUCCUCUCUGCUGCUCGCUCUUUUAGACCUUCGUUGCUUCUAGAUCCCAACUACAGGAGAAGUCUUCUUAGGCAGCUCAGUGGCUCUGCUUCUUCUCCCCCUCCAUCAUCUCACACGGGAGAAGUCACAGGGUUCCCUGCUAACUCUACCUGGGGUGCUGCUAAUGAUCAGAUUCGCCCUCAUGGACUUGGAGAUGUCGGAGGAGACGGUUAUGCUAGACAUUCACCAAGCUAUUAUGGAUCUCAAGUCUAUGGUGGAACAACACAUAGGGAUGCUGAGUCACCUGUGUAUCAAAACGAUGCGGAAGAAGAAAUGAUCAGAGCUGCCAUUGAGGCUUCAAAGAAAGACUUUCAAGAGGGUCGUGACAAUGUUCCAUCUAGCGUUUUGUCUUCGAGAGAGGCUAUUAACAAGGAAGACGAGGACAUUGCCCGUGCGAUUUCUAUGUCGAUAGAGAUGGAAGAGCAAGAGAGUGUAAUGCGAGAGCAACUAGCUGAACUUAUGCCUCGCUCCGUUGAGCAGUCUAAUACAAAUGAAAGUAGCAGAUAUAACCCGGGGAGCUCUACAUUGCAAGACAAGCGUGAAGAUAUUAAACAAAAGCAGCCAAUUGAUGUUAGCUCUCAGCACGGACAUGAAGCUUCUUAUCCUGAAGAGUGGGGUGGCAUUCCGUCAAAAGAGCUACAGGAGGCAAUAAUGCUGGAAAAGGCACUCUUUAGUGGAGUAGCUAGAGAAAAUACUUCACAUAAUAAUCAGCCUGGAACUCACAUGGAGUCACAAUCUUCCGAUAAGAGGGCCAUUGGAGAGAGAUCUUCCAUUACGAAGAAGGAAGCACUUCCCAUAGAGCCAUCAGUGGAUAAUGAAGAUGCCAUCACUCUACUUGUUAGAAUGCCAGAUAGCAGCCGUCAUGGUCGUCGCUUUCUCAAAUCAGACAAGCUUAAGUACCUUUUUGACUUCAUAGAUGCUGCUGGACUAGUCAAACCAGGCACAUAUAGAGUGAUUAGAGCAUAUCCUCGACGUGCAUUCAGCCUUCAAGACGGUGCCUUAACCUUUGAGGAACUGAGCCUCACCAACAAGCAAGAAGCGUUGUUUCUGGAACUACUGAUAUAGUAGUAGUAGCAAUGUGUACCUCUGAGAUGAUGAUAGCAGAAACUAGUUGAGGUCAAUGUACUGUAAGCCUUUAACCGCUUUCGUAGCUUUGGACCCAACGCAUGAUGGUUACACAGUUUGUUGUAAACUCUCGUAUGUUUUUGCUAAUGUUGAAUCUCCGGUUUGAAACACUUUAUACUGGCAUUUACAAAUAUAUAUUUAAGGCCCAA